UACAUUUCUCCUGAUUUCUAAACUACUGUCGAACAUUCAUCAUAGGAUCUAGAAAUCAUUGUAUUUUUAGAAUUAAGGGUUUGCAUGUGUUUCCUCCAUGAUCUCUUUGCAUUUGCUCCUUCAACAAAGUAUCCCCCCCCCCUUCAGUGCAGAUUCAUUAAACAAAGUAGUUCUUUAUUCUCCAGUAGAUGGUACUAAGACAGGGAAUGGGCAGGACUGCUGUGGUCAUAGCAUCAGAGAGCUAUUUUUGUUUAAUAAAAAAAACCCAAUGCAUUUUUUAAUGAAGAGAGAUCUUUACACUCAAGAGAAGUUGUUUCUACGACUUAUACUGCCGAGAAAGCAUCCUGAAUCUCCCAUUUAGCACUAUAGCCGUGGCUGGGGAGCCAUCAGGCAUACAAAGGUUUACAACAGGAGAGGACAGGCAGACAAAAGGUGACAGCACAUCUCAUCAUGGCAUCAGCAGCUCUACAGUUCUUUGCUUUCAUUCUAGCCUUGUUUGGCGUUUUCGGUGCAAUUACAGCCACCUUGUUGCCCAACUGGAAGGUGAACGCAGACGUAGGUUCAAACAUCAUCACAGCCAUAACUCAGAUGCAAGGACUCUGGAUGGACUGCACAUGGUACAGCACCGGGAUGUUUAGCUGCACGUUGAAAUAUUCAAUCCUCUCCCUCCCUGUUUACAUCCAGGCAGCACGGACCACCAUGGUGUUGUCUUGCAUCCUCUCCACUUUUGGAAUCUGCAUCGCCACGGUGGGGAUGAAGUGCACUCGGCUGGGAGGAGACCAUGACACCAAGAGCCACACUACAUUUGCAGGAGGAGUCUUCUUCAUCCUUGCAGGUAUAUUCGGCUUGAUACCAACAGCCUGGUACACGAGAGAAAUCAUUUCAAAUUUUCUGGACCCAACAGUCCCAGAAAGCAGUAAGCAUGAACCAGGAGGAGCAGUUUACAUUGGAUUCAUUUCAGCAGGACUUCUGCUCACUGCAGGUGCCAUCUUUGGCACUUCCUGUUUUACAAAGCAGCAAAGAACAUGGAUUUAUCCCAACAAAACACAGCAACAGUUCCCAGCUGCCCAGCAAGAGAACAACACAGGCUACAACCUGAAGGAUUAUGUGUAAAUACAGUUGCCGGUCUGUCACUCAAGGCUCCUGCUCAGUUGUGGGGGGGGGGGAGUGCUUAUUGUAGUUCUGGGUUUUUUAAAAUAUCGAAGAAAGUUUUUUGUUCUUGAUGCAAGUGUCAUAAUUACAUUCUGGUAUGGUACGGGGGGGGGGGAAUUUAAAUCACUGCAGCAACCAUUAAUUUAUGUUGAUAUUGCUUUGCAACUGAAUUGUAUUAGAAAAAACAAACAAAAAGAACAGUAAAAAUGUGUACUGUACAGGUUGUUGUUUUUUAGCAUGUGAAAGUUAGAUAUCUGUAAUGUGGCUUACUUAAUUUCAACACAACUCUAAUUUUAAUUAGGAUACCCGCCAAACCUACUCUGCCUUUAUGUGAAACCCUAUGUAUUGUUUUUAAAAUUGUAGCUUUCAUUGUCAAUACCCAACUACCAUGGUAACUAAAUUUCUUCAUUUAAAAACAAACAAAGCCUCGUGUAUUUGCAUAUCAGAGGCUGAAGACACUGCUUCAGUUGUUGCCAAAGCUGCCCCCUCAUCUCCUGACCACCUGCAGCAGAUUCCAUUUUUAUGUUUUUUUAAAAAAUGUCUACUUAGCAGUCUGCAGCUAAUUGAAGGGUUAGACACAGCUCAGGACUAAGAAAUGGGUGUAUCAGCAGCAGCCUCUGUAACUAAAAGAAACUUAAACCCUCCAAUUUCAUGCUCCACUUUAAAAAUAUUUUUGUCUUCUCCUUGA